AUGUGGGUGGCUGUGGGCAUGUGUUGGCUCCUGGCCCUCGGGAGGCCCCACCAGGCCUGGGGUUUCUGCCCCUCUCAGUGCAGCUGCAGCAUCCAAAUACUGAGCGACGGCAGCAAGGCCAGGACGGUGUUGUGCAGCGACCCCGACAUGACCCUGCCGCCUGCCCCCAUCCCCGCGGACACGUGCAGGCUGCGUCUGGAGCGCACGGCCAUUCGCAGGGUGCCGGCCCAGGCCUUCCGGCCGCUGGGCAGCCUGGAGCAGCUCUGGCUUCCCUACAACGCUCUGGGCGAGCUCAACGCGUUCAUGCUACGCGGCCUGCUGCGCCUGCGCGAGCUGCGGCUGCCGGGGAACCGCCUGACGACCUUUCCCUGGGCUGCGCUCAAGGACUCCCCCCAGCUGCGUCUGCUGGACCUUCAUGCCAACCGCCUGGCGGCCCUGCCUCCCGAGGCCGCCCGCUUUCUGGUCAACCUCACCUUUCUGGACCUCUCCAGCAACCAGCUGAUGAGGCUACCCCAGGAGCUGCUGCUCACCUGGGCGCAUCUGAAUACCGGGUCCUUCCUUCCUGGUCUCCACGCCAGGCUGGUUCUAGGGCUGCAGGACAACCCCUGGGUAUGUGACUGCCGGCUCUAUGAGCUGGUCCAUCUCCUGGAUGGCUGGGCCCCAAACUUGGUCUUCAUUGAGACCAUGCUGAGGUGUGCCAGCCCACAUAAUCUGGCUGGAGUGACCUUCAGCCAGCUGGAGCUGAGGAAGUGCCAAGGUCCAGAGUUCUAUCCAGGGGUGACCAGCAUCAGGUCCCCUUUGGGCAGCUCUGUAUUGCUACGCUGUGGAGCCAUUGGGGUCCCUGGGCCAGAGAUGAGCUGGAGAAGAGCCAAUGGGCUCCCACUCAAUGGCACAGUGCACCCAGAAAUCUCCAGGGAUGGCUCAAGCUGGACUCUCCUAGACCUGCCCACUGUGUCUCAUUUUGAUUCCGGAGACUACGUCUGCCAGGCCAAGAACUUCCUGGGCGUCUCAGAGACUCUCAUUUCCCUGAUUGUCACUGAGCUCCAGCCUCCUAUAGGAGACAGUGGGAGCCCAGGGGUGCGAUGGACAAGGACAGAUGGGGCAGAGGCUGCUGCUUACAACAACAAGCUGGUGGCCAGGCACGUGCCCCAUGUGCCUGAGGCUGCCGUGGUGGCCGCCUGGCCCUCCGUGCCCAGUGUGAAGGAGGAGCUGGCCCUCCAGCACUUCCAGAUGGGUGUGCCGGGGGCGCUGUGGGACAGGCAGGGGGCGUGCAUGGUGAGGUCGCUCAAGGUGGUGGGGGACACUUACGACAGUGUGUCCCUGGUGUGGAAAGCUCCCCAGACCGGGAACACAACGGCCUUCAGCGUCCUCUAUGCUGUCUUCGGGCAGCGAGACAUGCGGCGGGUGACCCUGCAGCCAGGCAUGACAAGGGUCACCAUUGAGGGGCUGGUGCCCAAGACCAAGUACGUGGCGUGUGUGUGCGCGUGGGGCCACGUGCCGCACAAGGAGCAAUGUGUCAUCUUCUCCACCGACCAGGUGGCGGACGCCGAGGGCACCCAGCGGCUCAUCAACAUGGUGGUGAUCAGCGUGGCGGCCACCAUUGCUCUGCCGCCCACGCUGCUUGUGUGCUGCGGGGCGCUCCGCAGGCGCUGUCGCAGGUAUCACGCGGGAGGCUCUGGCGAGGCGGAAGGCACCUACAUGCACCUGGAGAGGCUGACUCACAGCAAUGACAGCUCAGAAGAGCUGCCCAGGCAAAGCCUCAGUGGUGAGGCUAACAGACUCCUCUCUGCUCGUUCCAGCCUGGACUCACAGGUGGGCAGGCGUAUCAAUGAGUACUUCUGCUGAGUGCCACCCAGCCACUCCAGCCCAGACACCU